UUCCAGUCGGCAUGAUGGUGACAGAGAAAGGACAGAAUAGCAUCACCGUCGCAUAAAAUAAAGGAAACUGUUCGAGGCAUAACGCGUGUCGUUCAAAGUAUUCCGUAUUUUUGCUUUGCCAUCAUCCUGGCAUUGCAGAUAUCCUUUGGUGCAUUUCAAGUUCAAGUUUUGGCUAUAGGAAGUGGCUGGUGAAUCGAUAUUGUACUUUUGAUUAGGUUUAGGUUUUUAACAACUAAGUCAUUUUCAAAAUCUAUUAUUUUAACUAAGCAUAGGUGCAGUGUCUGGACAAAAUGCGUUAUUGCUUUCAACUUAACUAAUAAAUGUCUCCAAGUAAUUUGUUAGUAAAGAAAACCUGUACCGAAUCCCUUGUAAAUUAAAGAUGUGCAUUAUCAUCAUUUGAGCUAAAGUAAUUGUAUUUUCUUUUCUUUUGUUAGUGGCGGUGUCUACGGAACAAAUGUCUAAAUCGAGUGAAUUUUUAUUCUUGCCCUUCUUUACUUAAGGAAGGGAAUUGUUUUUGUAUGUUGUUAUACUUACUGGACAUAGCAAGUGUGAAUGAAAGACGUUCAUAGUACAUAAUAAUUAUUUGGCUCAAAUCAGUUCAUCGUGUUUUACCCACAGAAUUGUAACUUAUCGCAAAAAGAGUCUAGUAUAUUUGGAAUCUUCUUAAUAAAUGUACAAAAUUUGCAUUUUUGCCACAACGCAGCUAUUCUCCUAAACAACAGCCUCGAUUGUGAAUAAAUAUGUGUAUGGUUUUUUAAUGAUUUUUGUUACAGAAAAAACACCGGAAGCGUAAUACAAAAUCUAAUGAAGGAUGGAAAUCGUACCAGAAGGAAACAAUUUCGUGAUCGUUAAAGAAUGUGAACUACCAGCAAUGAUGGAAGAGCUGGAAAAAUAUUUUCCUCACUCUUUAAAAUUCCAUCAAACUAUUAAGACGUACCUGAAUGAUAGAGUGUGGCGAUUUCAAUUUUACAGAGCAAAGACAUGGCCACAAGAUCCUGUUUGUUUGCAUUUUCCAGGUUGUACAUAUACGCCGGAUAACAGAACGAAUGAAAGUGUAGGUAUUUUUUGCCCACCAGACAAACUAGAGCGAAUGGAAUUGAUUAAAGAUGAAGACGUUCUGUUUGAAUGGCAUAGUCCACUAUACAUGAACUUUACACAUGUAGGUAUUAUGUUUAAGAUGGAAGAAAUUUUCCGAGAAAAAGUAAAUGGAAGACUAGAGGGUCACAUUUAUGGCGACAUUUACGUACACGAAUGUCCCGAUGAGUUGAACUUAGUGCUAGAACCAUUAGCAGCGAAUGAAGUGAUCAUGAAACCGCUGUGCAUCGACGACGUAAAGGAUAUACACGAUUUAUAUCCGGCAGGUGAUAUCGAAAGUUUAGAGUUAUUUGAAAAGCUAGUCAUCCAGCUUCCAGGCUUCGGUGUAUUUAAUCAAUCGGAUAAUGAACUAGCUGCAUGGAGUUUGCAGUCAUAUUAUGGUGGAAUGUUCUCCAUGCAAACAAAACCAAAAUUUAGAAGAAAAGGAUACGGUAUUCAGCUAGCACAAUCUCUGACUAAGUUGGUAAUUCGUCGCGGAUAUAUACCGUUUGUUGUCAUAAGGCCAGAAAACGACGCUUCUCGUGGACUUUAUACGAAGCUAGGUUUCAGAAAAGCUUUUGAAAGUGUUCGUGGCACAUUUGUGCCUUUAGUUGGCGAAAAUCAUUUGCAGAAUAAUUUGACGGCCUACAAACAGCGUCAAAUUUCAAAUGAAGAAAAUUGCACAAUAGAACCAGCUGAGCUAACUAAUGGUAUUGCAUCAUACAAGGAUAAUGAUAAUUGCUGAAUUUCAUGGACCGUAAUACAUCUCUUAAAAGACCUGUAUAGGAUUGACAUAACCUACUUUGAAUGCGUUUUAAAAUGAAUUAUAAUUCAAGCGGAUUAAUAUUUAACAUAAUAGCAAAAUCAAGCUGAAACUAACAACUCUAAACAACAAAGCCAUCAGCAGCUAAAAAGCAACAACAGCAACAGCAGUUAUAAUAUCCGCGAUAACAGCAGCUACAGCGGAAGUAGUAGCCGCCUUAGCAGCGACAACAGCAGCCGACGCCGCCGCCGCAACAGCAGAAGCAGCAGUACCAUGAACAAAAUCAGAUUCAGCAGCAGCAACAGCAACGUCAAUAAAAUGAUUAUAUUAAUGAGUUACUGCUGUUGAUUUGCUGUCAGAAAGCCUACACCCUCUACAGCCUUUGCAGUCACAAAUAAUAGAUAGAUUUCUUAAAUGAAUUUCAAACUAAUAUAUAAUAACUUUGCUUUAUCUUAAA